AUCACCAGCGCGGGCGCGGUUUUCUUCCCGCCGUCUUUCGAAGCUUGGCUGGCAACUGCGGCCCUCCCUCGAGAAGGGGCUCCGUAAAGCCCCCACCCCCACUCCGCCGAGAUAUUUUUCUUAUGAAAACUAAAGAUUGAAUGCUAUUGAUUACUAUCCAAAGAAACUGUCAUGAAUAUUGGAUCAACCAAGAGAAAGUGGGAAGAAAAACUGAAGAAUGUUGAGGAACUAACAUCUUGCUAUAAGCGGAGGCCUCUCUGCUCCAGUUACAAGCCCAAACUGUCCAAUCCAUUGCAACCACCUUCAGUUUGGAAGCUAUUCUAUCGGCAAACUCAUGCAUUUAAUUUUGCCAAGACUUGUAAAGAGGAUGUUCAUGUAUUUGCUUUGGAAAAGUGUGAUGGAAAUAAUCAGCGGCUCUAUCUUGUGACAACUUAUACAGAACUUUGGUUCUACUACCGCAAACAUGAAACAAAACUGAAACACUGCUAUGAAAUCAUCCCAGAAACAGCUGUUUGCAAGCUUUACUUUGAUUUGGAAUUCUACAAACCAACAAAUCAGGGAGCCAACGCAAAUCAGAUGGUAGAAGAUCUAAUUAAGUUUAUAGGUAGAAAACUAGAUGAAUACUAUGAAAUAAAAUGCUCUGCUGAGAAUAUUUUGAAAUUGGAUUCCAGCACUGAAGAAAAAUAUAGCUGCCAUUUAAUAUUUCUACUUGAAAAUGCUGCAUUUAAGAAUAAUAUCCACAUAGGUAACUUUUUAAGAACAAUUUUGCAACCUGCUAUUCUUUUAACUAAGAAUAAAGAUGCAAUGGACCCCCAAAACAUCAACUCUGUUGGUCGAUGUUAUAAAACUACCGUUGGUUUGCCUACAUGUUUUGAAACCAACAGUUUAAUCAAAGAUGCAUGUCAAAACUUGAAACUGAACUCUUACAAAAUAUCAGAAAAAGUAACUUCAGAAGAAAAUCCAGAUCUUUCUUUUUUAAUAGUGAAUGGUAAACAAGGAGAAAAGCAACUGUUUGUGGAUCUUGGAGUUUAUACAAAAAAUAGAAAUUUUCGAUUAUACAUGUCAUCAAAAGCAGGACACACUGUCAUUUUGAAUAUUGCAGAAGAUAACAAGUUUGUUCCUAAAUCUGUAAAUAAUUCUUGCAUAGAUGAACAGUAUUUUUUGUCCUCCUUGAUCUGCAAUGUAAGAUUUUCAGACUGCUUAAAAAUUUUGACCUGUGACAACCAAGAACAUGCAAGAGAACCAUCCCUACAUUUUGAAGACAAACUAUCAAGGAGCUGUCUGGCUCCAAUAGAAGGAUGCCAUUGUUCACCUUACCCAGAAAUUGAUGAUUUUGUUCGCACUUUAAUCAAGAAAGAUAAUGUUCAAGGAGGGAUAAGAAGAUGGAAUUACUUUUCACUUGAACAGCUUAUUGUAUAUGACAUCUUCAACUAUCGAUGGUGCAGAAAUAUUGGCAGAGCUCACAAAAGUAAUAAUAUAAUGAUUAUAAUAGAUUUGAAAAAUGAAAAUUGGUAUCAGAAAUGUCAUGAUCCUAUUUGCAGAGCUGAAAACUUCAAGUCAGAAUGUUUUCCACUACCAGUCGAAGUAUGCUUGCCCUUCCUUUUCAAAGAGGAUGAAGAAUAUGUUGGUACAAUAGGUGAAAAUAACACUGAAGAAAGAGCAAAUACAGUUGAUACUACAGGUUUAUUGGACAGCAUGCCUUUUACUUCGAUGCAAGAAAAUAGCAAGCUAAACAAGAAAAGUUCAAAUGUUGAAUGGGAUCAUGAGUUUGACGCCUGCCUUUUGGAAGCUUCUGAAGAUGUGGAACUAAUUGAAGCUACUGAUAUUUUUCAUACCCAGAGGAACUGUACUGUGGAUGAAAUACCUGAUGAGCUCCUAGCAGAUGUUUUAAGAAAUUAUGAAGUAAAAGAAAGAAAGGAAAGUUACAAAAAUCUUGUGGAUGAAAAAACUGUUUACAUAACUGAAUCUAAAGGAACAAGAGUGAUAAGCUAAACAAUCACACAGCAAGAGGAUCAUCAGUUCUUGAUUCAGACCUGAUAAAAAUAAGGGGGGACAUCAACUGUUACUGCAUCAAUAUAAAAUCUAAUUGGAAACCUGCUUCAUAAGCCAGGGUGGCAACUCUUUGGUAGUCAUCUUUUUUUCUUCAUUGGUUGAAGAACAUAGGACAGUCUUGGUGACAUUGGAAUGGGCAGGCAGAGGUUUUGGGUCUUUUGCAGUGUGUGAUACCAUAUUUUAGCAGUACAAUUUCAGAUAGUUAGGGUGUAUGUUUGGAAUUUGAACUUUAUUUAGUGUAUGUCACGUGUUAGGCAGGGAUCACCAAGGUGGCUGCCUGCCUCUGUGAAAAGAAUUUCACAGUGCUAUCUUUACCCGCGGGUCACCUGAAUACCAGUAGGCGUCGGAGGAGGCUCCUUUCUUGUCCCUUCUGCAGUUUAUUCACUCACGGGAAUCAAACCGCCAAGCUGCUGACCUCACCGGUGUGCAGGCCCAGCGCCUUAUCACAUGAGCCACCAUGGCCCUUAUUUAUUUCUCUGAGAUCUAUUAUUAUGUUUGUGUUAAUUUCACUACAAUCUUUUGUUUUCAAUGUUAUGGUACAGAUACUUGCAAGCAGUAUCUCUGCUGUAUGAAAUUAGUCUUUAGUUUCAUUUUUCAUCCAGCCAAAAUCACAGCAAGAGUUUGCAUUUCUACAUGCAUUUAGGAAGAUUAUUAUGAUUAUCUGAGUAUGAGCAAUCUGAUAGCUUCUAUAGUCAAUGUGCAAAAAGCUGCAUAGACCUAACAGAAAUGAUUGAGGUCAACAGAUGCCAACAAGUUAUCUAUUUCAAAAAGUGGGUUAAUAAGGCAAAUCAAUAUUUUCUUAGAUAUCGUUAUUAUUUUAUUCUUGCAAAAUAAUGGAAAUAAAUCUAGAAAUAAUAUUGCAAUGGAAAGGAAUGAAUAUGGCCAAAUGAGAAACUAUACUGUUUGAAACCUAUUUGGAUGAAGGAUCUGGAAUUUAGUUAAUGCUCCUCUUUUAGUUUUGAAAAAAAUCUUUACCCUAUUCAUAAAUGUAUAGUUUCAGUUCUCUGAUGCAUUUGAUUUGGAGCAGCAUAGUUAGAGCUCUAAGUAUAUAUUUUGAGCAAAAAGAACGUUGGUCUUACCUGAACGUGUCUUUUCAGGGGAAGAGA